CCGUGAACAAAAGUGAGUUGUCAGUCACUUUCUUGAUUACGUUCGACUUAUGGAUUCAAAAAAAUCAUUUUAUAAACAAUAUUGAAUGUUUAUUCCUUGAUACACAGUUUCGGUUGAAAUAUUGAAAUGAACAUGAAGAACUCCUUCAACAAUAAAUUACAGCAAACGAUACAGCUUCUGGAAAGUACUUUUACUACACACAAUCCAAAUGAAAUAUUUUUGUCAUUUAAUGGAGGCAAAGAUUGUACGGUGCUAUUAGACAUAAUCGAUAAACUGCUACAAAAUGCCGAACACCAAAACUAUGAUCUAAACUGCAUUUACGUGCGACCGACUGAACCAUUUCAAGAGAUAGAUGAAUUCGUGGAUAAAUGUGAACAGCAUUACAACACAGAAAUCCGAGUAAUGCAAGGUGCAAUUAAAGAAGUAUUGCAACGAAUUUGUCAUGAAAAUCCUAGUAUAAGAGCUUGUAUAAUGGGAUCAAGAAGAACGGAUCCUUUCUGCGAAAAAUUAUCGUCGAUACAGGAAACUGACCCAGGAUGGCCUAAAUUAACACGAGUGAAUCCAUUGCUUGAUUGGAAUUGUACCGAUAUUUGGCAUUACAUAAAAGAAAACAGUGUACCAUAUUGCAGUUUGUAUGACCGAGGAUACACUUCUAUCGGCGAUAAAACCAACACAAUUCCAAAUCCAUACUUAAGAUACGUUUCUUCAUCUGGUGAAGUUGCAUAUUUACCAGCCUAUCAAUUAAAAGAUGCCGAUAAACAUGAAAGAGCGGGUAGGAUUUAGCUAAAUUUUAUAAGGAGUUGGAAUGAUUUAAAAAAAUGUAAAAUAAAUUGUAUGAACACUGACCGUUCAUUCAGAAUCA